GUAUUUAAGAAUGAUGGAAUCCAAUCCCUACUUCACAGUGAGCAGUGGCACAAGUGGCUUUCAACCUUAUGGCUAUGGUGGCGGCUUUCAACCCCCUCCCUUUCCAGUGAUUCUGCUCAGGGGGCUUCCCUUCAAUUGCACCGACAUUGACAUUUUCAAGUUCUUUGCUGGACUGGACAUUGUGGAUGUUCUGCUUGUCAACAAGAGUGGACGGUUCUUAGGAGAAGCCUUUGUUGUCUUCGCGGGAUCAAUGCAGGUUGAGUUUGCUUUACAAAGAGAUCGGCAGAGGUAUGUGGAAGUUUUCAGCUGCAAGAGGCAGGAUUACUACAAUGCUGUUGCUGCGGAGGUAAACUAUGAAGGAGUUUACGAUAAUGACUAUCAUGGAAGCCCUCCUCCAGCUCGAUCAAAGAGGUUCAGUGACAAGGACCAGCUGGAAUACACUGAAAUAUUGAAGAUGCGUGGCCUCCCCUUUUCAAUGAAAAAACCCAAAAUUGUUGAAUUUUUCCAGGAUUUCAAGCUGAUAGAAGAAAGGAUACACAUUGCAUGUCGUCCUGAUGGGAAAGCUACUGGAGAGGCGUAUGUAGAGUUUGCUUCUAUAGAGGAGCUGUUUCCUUCAACACCAGACGAAGCAAGACGGGCUGAGUCAAGAUCCCGACAGUGAUUAGGCACUUCGGCCAGCGCUGAAUCUUGUGGAUUAUCUUUGGUGUUCCAAUAUGAUUCGCAUGUAUUUUUCAAUCUAAAAUUU